AUGGCGGCCAAUUUCCAACAACUCCCAACCUCGCUGCGCGAGGACCAGACCAUGGGGGUUGCGGUCAUAAUAAUCAUCUCGCUCGCACUCUACAAUGCCAUCGAGCUCUCUGUGCUCAUCCCAUUCAGCUUCAAGACCUUCCGCAGCCUCUACUUCUGGGCUCUUCUCGUCUCUUCCACGUUGGGACUGAUACCAACCAGCCUAGGAACCUCGUUUCAAUAUUUCGACUUAGUCCCCCUGUGGCUCUCCCUCGUCCUCUCCAAUAUCGGAUUCGUAUGCAUGGUUCCUAUACAGUCGGUGGUCCUCUAUUCACGGCUCCAUUUAAUUUCGCAAAAUUUUCGCCUACUUGCAAUCAUCAAAUGGGUCAUAAUAGUGGAUUCGAUCAUAUUGCUCAUCCCAACGAUAACAAUGAACUUCGGCUCUGAAUACUUCCCGCGGUCGCCAUGGGUGCAUGGUUUCUCGAUUGUUGAACGGGCGCAGAUAACCUGGUUCUCGGUGCAAGAGAUUCUCAUUUCGUCGGUUUACAUUUGGGAGACGGUGCGAUUGAUCAAGAUCAGCCCGGAAGAAGAUAAGAAACGACACAAGAUAUUAUGGGAGUUGAUUGGGAUUAAUAUUGUCGCCAUUGUGAUGGAUUUAACGCUACUGAUUUUAGAGUUCCUGGGGUACUAUUUCACGCAGAUCAUCCUCAAGGCGCUUGUUUAUAGCAUCAAGCUGAAGAUGGAAUUUGUGGUGUUGGGAAUGCUGUUGACCAUCGUGCGCUCGCAUUCUCGGGAACUGACGAGUGGCGAGAUGUAUUCUUUUCCUUCGGGAUGA